AUGGCAAAUGAGCAGGAAAAAAAUGUAAAUUUUGUACAACUUAUUGAAAGUCAUACUUGUCUAUAUGAUAUAACAUCGCCUAAUUAUACACGGCAAGAUAUCAAAGAAAAAGCGUGGAAUGACAUUUCAAAAAUAACACAUGAUUCUAUACAGACAUGUAAAGAGCGAUGGAAAAACCUUCGAACAGUAUUUCUACGUCAUUUAAGACAAAAAGUACCCAGUGGUUCAUCGGGUGGUAUUAAAAAAAAAUAUUAUUUAGAAGAAGCUAUGCAGUUCAUAAUGCCUUUCGUUAAGAGUGGUAAACAACAACAAGGUAAUUUAUUGAUAUUACCAGAAUUGGAAAACAAAAACAUUGAUGAUAUCCAAGUAGGCCUAAAUGAUGAAAUACAAUCUGAUCAUGAACAAGGAUUGUCUGAUAUAUUGACCAAUGAAGAAAAGUCAAAUAACCAAAAAACAAUAUCACAUGGCGCCAAAAAGUUAAAAUUAAAUAAUAAAGCCAGUGAUGUCGAAAGUUGUUUUAUAGAAUAUUUUGAAACAAAAAAGAAAAAUUUAACUACAACUCCAGAAUGUGCAGAUCAAAAGUUCCUAUUGAGUUUACUGCCAGAUAUGCAACAAAUGAACUCCACGCAGAAAAGGCAAUUCAAAAGAAAAGUUUUGGACAUCAUUGCUUGUAUUUUGGAAGACUCAGAUUCAAUAAACAUAUCUAGUCGUUCAAGUGCUGCUAGUUACUCUUCAUCACCAAUUAUACCAGAGUCCAGAACAGAUAAUCAAUAUCAGCAAUAUGAUCCAGCAGACAGUGGUUUUGGAUAUUUUAAUAUACAAUAA